AUGUUACCAUUUCUGAAUCUGAAUAGUCGAUUAGUUAUUUUGCUAACAGAGCUAAUUAUAUCAAAUCAAUUUGCUUUAUUUGAUAAGAAAUUUUAUGAUAAACAAUUAAAGGAUGGACAGUUAUUACGUUCAUAUCAAAGCAAUGAGCAUCUUUCAUGUCAGCGGAAUUGUACGGAAUUGAAUCCAGAAACAGUACUUCAGAAUUGUCCAACAUUAAAACGUGGUCUUACAUGUGGCAAAUAUAAAGUAUACCAUUAUCAUCGUCGUUGUUCAAUUGCAACAGUUUAUUGUCGACGAAAUAUGACGAACGUUAAGGAAGUUGCGGUAUAUGUAGCUGUUACAGGCAUUGAUUUGAAUGCUAACAAAACUGGCUUAUUUGUGUUACCAUAUAUUGAUAGAGAAGAGAUGUCCGUACCACAAAUAGUUGUUGAAAAAGCUCAUCAUGGAAAUGGUAAUAUGGGUGAGCUUGUUUGUGAUUCAAAUGGUAAUUGGAUCUUAUAUGAUACAAAUUAUCGAUACAUGGUUGAACAUCUAUUUUGUUUAGUUGUCGAAGCAAGAAAUUUGAAUUAUUUAUUGGAUUUACGACGUCCUGAAUUUGACCGUGCGAAAUCAUUGAUACCAUAUCAACUCGGUGAUCCCGAAUUUUUUGAUCAACCGUGA